AUGUUAUCGGACGCACAGCCUUCAACCGAAUUUAUCCGGGACGUGAUUAAACGAGCAGUUGUCAAAAUGGCUCUCAAGCUCGAAUACGACCACAUCGAGCCCGACGCUCUCGAAACUCUCGCUGAAAUGUUCCUAACGACUCUUGGGAAUAUUGGCUUCCAAACGAAGGAAUUCACUGAAUUGGGGUCGCGAACCGCCGCCACGAUUAAUGAUGUUCUCUCUGCCACGGUUGAACUUGAAAUUGACCUGCCAGAAAGCGUAAAGAAUAUUUUGGAAAAGAACCAAGAUUAUCCGCUUCACAAGAAAGAUCGAAUCGAACAAGCUCAUAUUCCCGACUCGCCAGCUGUCAAAGCGAUCGCUCCAAGAAAAGAACACGCGCCCCAUAUCAACGAUUUUAUGCCCAUCUUCCCUGAACCGCAUACCUACGUCACCACUGCCGCUUUUUGUAAAAACGCCCAUCAUGAAGAAUUUGAAUCGACAAAAUUACAAGCGCUUGAAAAAAUCCGCGACGCGCAAAACUCUCUUUCCAAAUUUGUUUCAAAAACUGCUCGAGGAAGAGGAAGAACUGCCAUAAUCAACCUGAUACCAGCAGAUGAUUCGACCGGUAUAACGACGCCAUUGUCGACGGAUAUCUCAGAAUACAAAGCGAUAAACGUCAGCGAACAGCACGAAUGGGUUACGACUCCGAAAAUUCCAAGUGUAAGCGAAAAUGCGACUCUGGAACAAAUCAGUCAAAAUCCUUUCGUAAAGCCGCCGAAAAGAGCGAGAAUGUAA